AUGUCUGGCAUCAUUCACAAGGAGAGCCUGCCUGGGCAGAGUCUCAUCAAGCGGCGGCGCGUCGACACCCAAGCGACGACGGAGACCCACAAAAAAGGCGAGAACGGAGAUGACUCUGAGAGACUCGUCGACGAUGUCUCGAAAAGUGCGACAGGCGAGAACGACGUCAUCAACAGCACUGAGGUCCAGUCUGGCUCAUUCAGCUCCGCGGCUAAGUCGUCUGCGAAAGCUGUGCAAGCGCGCAGCAGCAGCAGCAGCAGCAGCAGUGACGACGAGGACGACGACAAUGACCAGAUUGAGCGUGAAAACGCACGCCUGGCGAAACUGCGCGAGCAACGCAGUCUUCGUCAACAGGAGCAACCGAAAACGACUGGAGCUGCUGCAGUUCCCUCCGACCAGUUGUCCGCUAAUAUGUCAGGCGGUGUCGACGCCAUGUCUUCUCCCUCGGCAUCGAAGGCGCAGGAAGGCGCGGUGCACACUAACAGCUACGAUCAUGAUGUACUCUUCCGCAAUGCGGCGUGGCGCAAUCCGUCCAAGGCGACCACUGCAGAGGAAAAGCGGAAGCAAAAGUGGGACUCAGUGCUGAACCGCACUCAGGACUCGGUGGCCUUUGGACACUUUAUGAAGAACUUCUUCAAAUGA